AUGAGGGACCCUCCAAACAGCCGCCUUGCCAGCUGCAUCUGGCGACCUCUGGUGGCUGUAGCUGUUGCUGGCGCUCUCUGUGCUGCUGCUGCUGAGCAGCAGCAGCAGCAGCAGCAGCACGUGGCAGCAGGGCCGGCGGCAACGCUUCUGGGGUCCCUGCAAGCAGGUCCUCUAUUUCUCCGGGGCCCCCUGCAGCAGCAGCAGCAGCAGAAGGGUGCUGCUGCUGCAGGCCUCGUGCCAGCAGCAGGAAGGGCCCUGCAGCUCCCGCUGCUGCAGUCUGUCUUUGGCAGCAGCAAAUCUCCUCUGGGCUUUAUUUCCGAAGCAAUUCAAAAAGCCCCCACGCCGAAGGCAGAAGACCUUACAGGGAUCCUCAGCGGCUUCUCAGCAGACGAGUCCCUGCAGCAGCAGCAGCAACAGCAGCAGCAGCAGCAGCAGCAGCAGCCGCCGCCGCAGCAGCAGCAGCAGGCAGAGCAGCUGAACCCGCAGCAACAGCAGCUCCUGGAGCACCUGCUGCUGCGGCCUGCUCCGGAUAGAGCACCAGCGCUGCAGCCAGCAGCAGCAGCGCCAGUUGCAGCAGCAGCUGCUGCAGCAGGGCCCACUCCAGCAGCACCACUCAUCGGGGCAAAAGCAACAGCAGCUCCAAAUGCAGCAGCAACACUUUUCUUCGGAGCUCCGCUGCUGCCGCUACAGCAGGUAGAUCCAAAGCAGCAGCAGCAGCAGCAGCCGCAGCAGAAGCCGCCGCAGCUGCAGCAACUGCCUUUUCAGCAGCAGCAGGUGCUGCCGCUGCAGCAAGAGCACUCACAACAGCAGCAGCAGCAGCAGCAGCAAGAGCAGCCACAGCAGAUGCAGAAAGAGGAGCGGCAGCAGCUUCAGCAGCAGCAGCAGCAGGAAGAGCCGCAGCAGCAGCUGCCAAUUGCGCAGCAACAGUGGCUACAGCAGCAGCUGCAGCAGGGACAGCCCCAGCAGCUGCUUCCUGGGCAACUGCAACCACAGCAGCAACAGUUGCAGCAAGAGCAGCCGCAGCAGCAGCAGCAGUCGGAGCAGCAGCAGCAGCAAAUCGGGCAACCUGAGACACCAGAAAUUAUAGCUGGAGACGCUGCAGCAGCACAAGGCAGCGCUCUGCCGAACUCAGAAGCAGCAGCUACUGCUGCUGCUGCAGCUGCUGCUGCAGUUGCAGCAGAAGCAGCAGCAGUACCACUGCCACCGUACGGACCGCCGCAGCCACAGGAGGUGCAGCAGCAGCAGCAGCCUCUGCAAGAAGACCCGCAGCAGCCACAGCAGCAACAGAUGGCCUCGCAGCAGCAAGACCUGUUGCUGCAGCCUUUCCCUGAGAUACCCUUGGAGCAGCUGCAGCCAGAGUACCAGCAGCAGCAGCCGCAGCAGCAGCAGCAGCAGGAAGCACAGCAACCCCUCCAGCAGAUGCUGCAGCAGCUGCCACCGCAGGUGCAGCAGCUACCGCUACAGCAGCCGAUGCAGCAGCAGCAGCAACAGCAACAGCUGCCUCAGCUGCAGCAGCCCCCACAACCGUUGGAACAGCCGCUGCAGCAGCCACAGCUGGACUUGGGGCAGCCAUCGCUGCAUCAGCAACCACUGCAGCAGCAGCUGUUGCAGCAGACACUGCAGCAAGAAGGGACUCUACUGCAGCAACUGCCGCAGCAAGAGGCCCCUGCACUACUUCCAAUAGCGCAGCAAACGCUGCAACAAGUGCAUCAGGAGCAGCAGCCACUGCAGCAAAUGCAGCAGCAGCAGCAGCAGCAGCAGCAGCAGCAGGUCUUGUCCUCAUUGCAGCAAUCCGCACAGCAGCAGCAUUUACAGCAGCAGCCACUGCAGCAGCACCCACUGCAGCAGGAGACCCUCCAACAACCACCGCCGCCGCAGCAGCAGCCACUGCAGAGGCAGCCACUGCAGCAGCAGCCGCUGCAGCAGCAACCGCUGCAGCAGCAGCCACUGCAGCAGGAUAUCCUCCAGCAACCACCGCCGCCGAUGCAGCAGCCGCUGCAGCAGCAGCCACUGCAGGAGCAACUACUGCAGCAGCAGCCAUUGCAGCAGCAGCCGCUGCAGCAAGAAUUUCCCCUGCAGCAGCAACCGGUGCAGCAGCAGCCGCUGCAGCAGCAACCGCUGCAGCAGCAGCCACUGCAGCAGGAGAGCCUCCAGCAACCACCGCCGCCGAUGCAGCAGCCGCUGCAGCAGCAGCCACUGCAGGAGCAACUACUGCAGCAGCAGCCAUUGCAGCAGCAGCCGCUGCAGCAAGAAUUUCCCCUGCAGCAGCAACCGGUGCAGCAGCAGCCGCUGCAGCAGCAACCGCUGCAGCAGCAGCCACUGCAGCAGGAUAUCCUCCAGCAACCACCGCCGCCGAUGCAGCAGCCGCUGCAGCAGCAGCCACUGCAGGAGCAACUACUGCAGCAGCAGCCAUUGCAGCAGCAGCCGCUGCAGCAAGAAUUUCCCCUGCAGCAGCAACCGGUGCAGCAGCAGCCGCUGCAGCAAGAAUUUCCCCUGCAGCAGCAACCGGUGCAGCAGCAGCCGCUGCAGCAAGAAUUUCCCCUGCAGCAGCAACCGGUGCAGCAGCAGCUGCCGCAGCAAGAAUUUCCCCUGCAGCAGCAGCAGCUGCAGCAGCAGCAGCUGGAGCCACAGCCAGGCUACCAACGGCAAGACGCCUUGCCACCCAAGCCUUGGGAGCAGCAACCCCUAGAACAGCUCCCGCUGCAGCAGCAGCAGCUGCAGCAGCAGCCGUUGCAGCAGCAGCCACUGCAGCAGCCACUGCAGCCGCAGCCGUUGCAGCAGCAGCCGUUGCAGCAGCAGUCGUUGCAGCAGCAGCCGCUGCAACAGCAGUCGAGCUACCAGACAGAAGAGCAGCUCCAGCAGCAGCUGCAGCAACUGCAGGAGCAGCAGCAGCUGCUUCUUCAGCAGCUGCAGCAGCAGCAGGCUCACCAGCUGCGUCCGGAGCAGCCGCUUGGUUUGGAGCAGCAGCCGGGAUGGUCGCAGCAGCAGCAGCUGCUGCCGCUGCAGCAGCAGGAACUCAAAAGCACAGAGAGUUUUGCUGCAGAGGCCCCUGAGCUGCUGUCUUCUUAUCUCGAGGGGGCCCCCCUAAAGCAUGUGCCUUUGCAUGCGCCUGGGGCUGUGCCGCCGCCGCUGCAGCAGCAGCAGCAGCAGCAGGGGCUGCUGCAGCCGGACGCGCUCUCUGCUGCGGCGGAGUGGCAUUCUCAGCAGCAGCAGCAGCAGCAGGCCGGCUGGUCCCCCCACAGCCUACAGCAGCAGCUAGUGCAGCAGCACCUGCAGCGGAUCGGUGAGGACCUGCAGCCCCCGCUGUCGCCGCCGCUGCCGUCUGCUGCGGAAGCAGCAGCAGCAGACGCCGCAGCAGCAGCAGCGGCGAACGCAGCAGCAGCAAACGCAGCAGCAGCAGCAGGGGGCCCCGCAGGCCUGCUGCGGGGGCCCCUCGCCGCCAUAGAAAACACUGUGAACCAACUGGGGCCCCUCGUGGGCCUCCCGGGCCUUUCUUCGGGGGCCCCCGAAGCAGCAACGCGCAGCACGGAGUCCGUGGGGGCCCUCCUGGGGGCCCCCCUGGGGGGCCCCCUGGGGGGCCCCCUGGGGGCCCCCCUCGCCGGACUUGCUGCGGGGGACCUGCUGGCUGCACCCAACCUCAUCGCAGGGGCCUCCAACUUUGCUGCUGCAACGGGAAAGAUUGCUGACGCGGGAAACAGCUUUAUGAAUUCUUUGCCAAUGGAACAAAUGAUAGAAGCAGCAAAACAUGUGCAGCAGGAAGGACUCAAGGCCCAGCUCGGGGUCGAUCUCGAAGACCCCAAGCUGCAGCCGUCGGUGCGCUGCGCUGCUGCUGGCCUCAGCUGCUGCGUCCCAGCAGCAGCAGCACCAAAAGAUUGGAAGCAAAAACCCUUAACCCUAAAUGGGGCCCCCGAGUCCCAGCGGCACUGCCGCACGCACUUCGUGCCCAUGCAAAACGCCCUCUGCGCCACCACCACCUACGAGGGGAAAGACACGUGUGGAUUGAGCAAGACGGAGACGCACGAGUACGAGGUGUACAGACACACGAUCCCCAUGCGCAACAAGGGCCAGAAGGCGAUAUGUGAGUGUCGGCGACAGAAAGCAGCAGCAGCAGCAGCAGCAGCAGCAGCAGGGGGGGAGGAAGCAGCAGACGCUGCAGCAGGAGCCAUUGAGGGUUUCGCAGCGUGGGAAGUUUCCAAAAAACAGAAGCAGCAAAAAAAAGAAAUUGAAGGAAAUAAUAUUAAAAUGGCUCAGGGUUUAGGAGCAACUUUGAAAAUAGCGCAGCUGCUGCGCGAAAAGGCCCCUGAGGCCCAGCAGCUGCUGCAGCAGCUGCAGCAGCAGCCCGCAGCAGCAGCAGCAGCAGCGCCUGCCGCCUCCCUCAGCGCCCCCGGCCCCCAGAUCUUCCUGCCCGCCGCUGCAGCGAGCUUCCCUGCUGCUCCAGCAGGCCUUCCUGCUGCUGCAGCAGGCCUUCCGGCUGCUGCAGCAGGCCUUCCCGCUGCUGCAGCAGGACUUCCCGCUGCUGCAGCAGGACUUCCUGCUGCUGCAGCAGGGGCCCCCUCGCUGAUGCUUCCAAUGUCCGCGCAGGGCAUGUCUGCAGCAGCAGCAGCACCACCGCCACCCCUGGCCGCAGCACCCUUAGCAGCAGCACCUCUAGCUGCAGCACCAGCAGCAGCAGCAGCAAUGACAGCAGCACCAGCAGCAGCAGCAGCACAGUUCGGCUCUCCCGUUGCACCUGCGGGGCUGCUGCCGCAAGGCGUUGUCUUUGGGGCUUCAGCAGGAGACACUCAUUUUGAGGCUGCAGUAAGCCCGCUGCAGCAGCAGCAGCAGCAAGACCUUGCGCAGCAGCACCUGCUGCAGCAGCAGCUCGUCAGCCAGCAGCUGCUGCAGCAGCAACAGCUACAGCAGCAACAGCUGCAGCAGCAGCAACUGCAGCAGCAGCACCUACUACCUCCCCAAGAUAACCUUGCAGCUUUUGCUGCUCCUCCCGCGAUGCAGCAGUACCAGCCAAGCUUCUCGCAGCAGCAAGGCCUGUUGCAGCAACCGGAUCUGCUGCAGCAGCAGCCGCUGCAGCAGCAGCCGUUCACUCCACCACUGCCGCAGCAGCAGCUGCUGCAGCAGCAGCCCCUGCCGCAGCAGCAAUUCGUAGACCCCCUGCAGCAGCAAAAGCAGCAGCAGCAGCCCUUCCAAACGCAGUAUCAGCUCUUUACCACUCCCCAGCAGGCCCAGCAGCAUCAGGAGCUAGCUUUGCAGCAAGUGCAGCAGCAGCCUGUUGCACUGCAGCAGCAGCAGCAGCCUCCCGCACAGCAGCAGCAGCAGCCUGUGCUGCCUCUCCUUGGGGGCCUCGGGAGCAUUAACCCGGCCCAGGCCUCAGAUGUGGCUUCGCGUGCUGCUGCUGCAGUUGGCGCCUUCAUGCGGGGCGGCAGCAGCAGCAGCAGCAGCAGCAGCAGCAAAAAGAAUGUGGACUGGGUAGACAGAAUUGCAGAUAAGCUGCUGCAGGAAGGAAACAAAACACCCGCCGGUGCUGCAGUCAAUAGGGCCUUCGAUGACUUCCUUGCUGUGGCGCAGCGGGCCUAA